AUGUACGGCGCCGGGCUCACGGCGUACGCCACGCUCGGGUACGGGCUCGCGUCCGGCCUCAGCGCCGGCCUCGGCGUCGCGGGAAGUCUCGCGUACUUGAUCCUUCUCGGGCGCUACGUCGACUCGCUGAAGGAGAAGGAAGAUGACGAGGAGGACUACUACGCGGUGAACUUGGUGUACGAGCCGGUCACGGACGUCGGCGCGAUGCUCGGCGGCGCGUUCGGUAAGGUUGGCGCGGUGUACUCGCAGGCGCUGCUUCAGAAGCGGUUGCUCGUGCCGGUGUUCCUCGUCGUUUUCGCGACGACGUUUAAUAAGCUCGACGCGCCGUUCGACUUCAACUACGGGCCGGUGUUGUUGGGGUUUUUGACGUACAAGGCUGCGGUUUUGACGAAAGUUUACGAGGACUUAAAGCCGGCGCUGAUCUCCGCGCUGAAGGGGGAGGACGGCGACGACGAGUGA